AUGCCCAACGAACUCAAGACUAAGAUCGUUCUCGCCCAUCGCACUGACACUUGGUGGUGCAUCGUCUACGGCAACGACAACAAGCCUAUUCGGAAGACUGGCAAGGGCUGCGACACUGCUGAGCUGGCUCUGCGCAAAAUGUUGGUUUCGUCAAGCGAUCUGGUGUAUGACAAGUUCCACAAGGACGGAUUUAUGCUUGAUGCUUGA